AUGCAGUCUAACACUAAAUUCCCUAUAUUAAGCCUAAAAAGAUUACGUCAGCGUAACCUACGAUUGACCUGCCAUUACACCACAUUUUACAGAAGGUAUAAACGUAACUAUGCGCAGUUACUUGCGUCGAUGUCAACAGAGGCUGUCACACCUGCUGUCCUUCCUGUUGAAGUCGAGUCGUCUUCAGUGAACACUGAUACCAUGACCGUUGAAACCGAGGUAGUGUCAUCGCCACCUUGCAGCAGCCUAACACCUUAUAACAGACAAAAGAAGACUUACGUUGUCUUAACAAAACCUGGUGUCAAUGAAUACUUCCUAGCCGCGAAAAGGUGGAUGCUGACGGAUAAUGUGUGCCUUUAUCCGAGCAGUGUAACAGAAUGUGAAGUCGAAGCAUGUGUAAACCCUGCAGUGAAUUGGCUCAUUGUUCCCUGUCAGAUAGUAGUCGAGAAAGACUCUUUUCGAGAAGCCAAGAGUGCUUUGUCGUCUGUACAAAGGGUGCAUAAUAUCCUGUCCAAUUCAGUUAAUCUCGAGGAGACAUUGCCCCUAACCGAUUCCAAACGUCAAAGAGUGGGGACAAGGAACUUCGCCUCGUACCUUUAUGACUCGGCUGAAUUGGAAGCUGUGGAGGCACAAAAAGUGUGUAGGCCAUCUAAAUACCCUAACACCAAUUUCAUGGCACCAACAGCCAGCACUUCCAGUCAACAAAUGCCUGUGGCUACGUCGUCACCAAUCACACAGCCAAAUAGGCAGACCACUAAGGAAAUCACUGAUUCCUAUAACAAAUCGGUGACUGAGUCACACUCCCUUAGCGAAAAAUUGAAGUCCCUUGAAGGAAAAAUUGAUUUCUUGAAUGGAAAAAUGGCUUCCUUUCAAGAAGAAAUGCAGUCCCUUAGUAAACUGGUGAGGCAGUUUGUUUCAGUAAAUAAGUCGGGCGACGUCACCACCUUGGGAACCGGGAAGUCGUCAAUUGACAACAGUCAACUGCAAUUCCCCUUGACCACUGAAGAAGAGUUUAACCAACUUGAAGCUUCAGUGAAAAACCCAAAAUUCAGAGAUUCUUUCGUAAGUUCACAGUUAACCUUCAAUUACGUUCAGAUGACAAAACUGGCUGAGAAUUUAUCGUACAAUCCGCAAUCUUCCUUGAAACGAAUGCUGAAUUACAUAUGGGAGCCUAAGCUGUCAAGUCGCUUCACUGCGUACGGAACAUCGAAGAAGCUAGCUCUCUUAAAAUGUCACUUCUAUAAAGUUAUAACGUCCGUCAUUGUCAGCAAGUUCGCUUCUGCUACGAUGCCCGAGGACGAAGUUAUGAAAGCUUUGACAGAUACUACUAAGGCCUACUUCCUCGACGUACGUGAUCGUGUCGACAAAAGGUGUAGCCGGCCAAGA